CACCUCAUUCCGAAAUUUUUCUUGAACUCUUUCCUACUUCCCUUCACAUCCGACCUUGCUUCGCAAUAUCUGCUCUUCCUCACCAACACCGACUCCUCUCAGACACUCAAUCCUCUCACUACCCCAACCGUCAAGAUGGGCUUCUCUGCUGGUGACGCCAAGAAGGGUGCCAACCUCUUCAAGACGCGCUGCGAGCAGUGCCACACCGUUGACGCCAACGGCGGCAACAAGAUCGGCCCCGCGCUCCACGGCCUGUUCGGUCGCAAGACCGGCUCCGUCGAGGGCUACGCCUACACCGACGCCAACAAGCAGAAGGGCAUCACCUGGAACGAGGAGACUCUGUUCGCCUACCUCGAGAACCCCAAGAAGUACAUCCCCGGCACCAAGAUGGCCUUCGGUGGUCUGAAGAAGGAGAAGGACAGGAACGACCUCAUCACCUACCUCAAGGAGGCCACUGCCUAAGUUUUCCGGUUGUUGUAAUCGGGGUUUAGGCGUCCCUUGUACUACCAUUUACUCGAUUUCUUCGCUUAAACAGCCAAACCCUCGACAAAAAGCACGCGGUUGCCGGUUCCGGUUGCGGACACGGUUGCGAGAAGGACGGGGAGUUGGGUCCGUUGUUGCUACUAUGACCUUUUUUGCAUUAGACGGGACGGCUCUUGUACAGCACAAGCAACUAUCUGCUGCCAUUUGUACCAUAGAGGGAGGACGACGACAUGUUCACUAGACGAGACGGGCUUGGGCGAAUGUAGCCUGAUUGAUGAAAGAUUAAUCUCCUACUCUUUAUAGCG